UGAACUUCAUAUAGCCAAAAACUCAGAGCUCUUCAUCAUGUCUAUUUCCGGGAGCUGCCUCUGCGGCACAAUCACCUACCGUCUUACAGGGGAUCCUCUCUUCCGCUCUCUCUGUCACUGCAUCAACUGUCAGAAAUCGACUGGAUCCAGUUUUCUGGCGCAUAGCGUGUACAAGGAAGAGUCUGUGGAAAUCCUCACCGGUGAGGAUAAUCUUCAAUCGUACGACGACAAAGCCACGGAUACAGGCAACUAUCUCCGUCGUCGAUUCUGUCGUACCUGUGGCUCCCUGGUCUUCGGGGUCCCAGAGGCCCAUCCGGGCGUCGUCGUUGUCGCCCUGGGCACAAUGGAUGAUCUCCAGCCGGGCGAGUGGGUGCCUGUUAGAGAGACGUUCUGUAGACGCCGGAUGGACUGGUUGCCUGCUCUUGAAGGGACAAUUACCCUGCAGGGGAUGAAAUGAACGAACAGUGUCAUUAAUUAGCUGAGAGAGACAGAGACAUAGAGACAGACAUAGAGACAGACAUAGACAGACAU